AUGCACUGUCCAGGACACCAGCGAAGUCAAGAUGUUGUAGCUAAAGGGAACCGGAUGGUGGACGAAGCUGCCAAGUCAGCAGCAGAGAGAAUCCCAACAUUAGCUACUAACAUCUGUGAACUCUGGUGGCUCCCAACGUCCGAUAUUAGUUUUCAGUAUUCUGAAGAAGAUGAACAGGAACUGUCUCGCUUAGGAUUGACCAAUAAGAACUCAGAAGGAGCUAUAAUAGACCAAGAGAACAAAAAAGUUCUUCCUCAAAAAGAAGAUGAUGUGACUUCUGUGACCCCAGAAACAUUCACAGAUGAUAUAAAUCUGGUAAAUGAUCCAGCCACAGAUGAAACAGUUCUGGCUGAUAUCGAGCCUUCCACAGAUGACCUGGCCUUACCUAACGACAGAAAUACUACCACAGAGUGCCGAGAUGAGAAGUUUCCUUGUACAAGACUAUACUCUGUGCACCGACCAGUCAAACAAUGUAUUAAUCAGUUAUGCCUUACCAGUUUACGCCGCAUGUACAUCAUCAACAAUGAAAUAUGCUCCCGUCUUGUCUGUAAGGAACAUGAAGCUAUGAAAGAUGAGCUUUGCCGACAGAUGGCUGGCCUGCCCCCAAGACGACUCCGCCGCUCCAACUAUUUCCGCCUCCCUCCCUGUGAAGAUCUGGAUUUGCAGAGAACCAAUGGCCCGUGA